CAAGUAUUGCUUCAGUUGUUCAUGACAAUUGGCGUUCUAUAUUUGAUAAACUGAACAAUUUUGUGAUGUUCUAAGUUUUUAUCUUCACUGUGUUAGAAUAUGUCAAAUUUGUGAAGAGCGGAAACUGAAAAACAAUAAAUGAACAAGAUGGAGAAUGUUUCUAUUAGUUACUGGGAUGACAUAAUGACAACAAUCUCAGAUAAUUUUACAACGGAGAGAGCUAACAUAACGGGAAAUCCGGAUGUAAAUCUUUUUACAUAUUCUGAAGGAAUAAUUCUGGCUGUAUUCGUUGGCUUGUUUUCGGCGUUUGGAAUUUUUGCAAAUGCUGUGACAUUCUUUGUAAUUGCCAGAUCAGAUAAGUUGAAAAAAUCUCCAUUUAACAUUAUGUUGAUGAGUCUCUGUGUUUCUGAUUUUUUAUCAGCAUGUUACAGUCCAUUUGUGCUAUAUCGUCGAACCUUCGGAUACUCUAAAUAUUCUCUUCCAGUUUUCUUCUGUAAGACAACACUAGCUAUUGAUUUUUGGACGAACAACGUAACCAUUCAACAUAUUUUGGUAUUUUUAAUCUUACGAAUAACCGGAAUAAAAUUCCCUCAUCUAUUGAAAAAGAUCACUCCUUAUAUAGUAAAGAUAGUGGCAUUGGGAAUUUGGGUGGAGACGUUUUUAGCAAACUUUGUCUUCUACUUCUGGUUUCCUACGGUACUUCCAUCGAAUUUAGUUACAUUUAGAAAAGCUUGUACUUCUCAAUUGGCAAAGCUAAUUGUCUUACGGCGAUAUAUGCUUUUCGCAUUUCCGAUAUUUCUGUACUUUCCAAUAUGUGCCGUUGCUCUUCUUUCGUUUUAUCUCGUAAUCCUGGUAGCCACAAGAAGGAAAAGUAUAAAAGAUAACAGAUCAAACACUGAUGUUAAAAAGGAGAAUUUCGCUUUAUUGCAACUUUCAUUUAUUCUUGCUUCAUUUCUGCUUGGAUACUUACCUGAUAUAGUAUAUCGAAUAAUGGCUAUCUCGUGGCCAAGACUUUAUGGAAAGGGAUAUCACGGUAGAGUACCAUGGCAGCAUUCCAUGGCGGCACACAUGCUUUUAAGAAUCUCGGAAUGUCUCAACCCUAUUUUCUACAAUCUAGCAUCCAGUGCCAUGAGAGCAGAAACAAGAACAGUUCUCAAACGGCUUUUCCGAAAAGAAGAAACAAAGAUACAAAGGUCGACGGACGUUGAUACACACACCAAAGAGUCAUCAAAGCAGCAGACAACAGUAUAACACAUGGCAACAAAGUUUAUCGCACUGCUUCGUACACAUCCAAUUACUUUUUGCCUAUCUAGAAUUAAUUACUAACUGUGCUGGCUGAUGAAAUCGGUAAUUUUAAUUCCCAGGAAUCGCAGUUGCUGUGUUUUAAUGUGAGAUAUCAAAUUAUAUUUUAAAGCAAUAUAGUGACAUUGCAUUUUAUUCAUAUAAUGGAUAUUUUACAUUAGCUGUCGAAUAUAGUCCACUCCGUUGUUGACUAAAGUUCUCAUUCCGACAACAUAUCCUCUGUUAAGCCUCACUAUUUGCCGCUAAUGUAUAAAACGAUAAUAUCGGUCGGAGACCGAAGAUUAUCGAUCGAAACUGUGGUUUCGAUCCAUGACUCUAUAGUGACACCGCGUGCCCCAUCACUGAUUAAUUGAUAACUCGCUAAUUAUACGA